AUGAAGAAUAAAUACACCUCUGUUUCAGACUCUGAAGAGUCCUUGAAAACGCUCACUGAUGAAAAGUCAGACACGCAUUCUGCAGAUGGUACGCCUCCUCCGUAUUCAGCUUCAAACAAAUUUAUCGAUUUAGAAAUGGCUGACGGAUCCGCUCAGAAUUCCGCCCAAGAAUCUGUUGAUAACACCAGGUCGGAUCCUUUAACAAAUGAGAAGUGGUGGAAAAACUUUUCCAUAGGCACAGCGACUAUUAUACUCUUUUAUAAUGUUGUUUGUCUAGCCAUAAUUUUUGGUUACAAGGUUUCUCCGUAUUCAAUAGCUUUUUACGGGCUUGCUGGCGUUUCUAUUGCAUCUAUUUUUAUUUUCCUAUUAACGAUUCUUGUAACGUAUCCAGGAUGGUACAGGCAAGCUGGGUUCAAUAUGUGUGUUUCAGCAUUAUAUGUGUGUUUUCUCAAUGUCCCCGGUUUCUCCAUGUAUUAUACAGCAAAAAAGAUAAUGCAAUUUGAAAAGAUAAAUAAUCGUUUUUUCUACGUUGUUUGUUUUGUUGAUUUUGUCUUGUUUGUUUUUAUUUCGAUGAAUCCAAUUGCCCGUGAACGACUUAGAUUAUUAGUCAUUGAUAUAGGAAACGGCAUAGGUAACGGCAUAAUUGGUAUAGGGAACGGCAUAGGAAAUUCUGUGAAUCUUGCUUUUGGAACAAAUCAAGGAGAUGAAGCACCUCAGAACGAAGAAAUCGAACUUCAACCUCUUGCUGAGCAAAGUGGUGAAGUUUGA